GAGCACUAUCAGUUCGUGGCAAAGGUGUUUUCCCCUUAAAUAGUAACUACACAGAAAAUAUAAGAUAAUAUUAUCUAUUCUGUGUUUCCAAAGCUUUUCAUAUAUACAUUUUAAUCAGCUAUUUACUUUAAAUUAAAGUAGAUAAUUUCUUAUCAUAUUUUAUUGAGGAAACGCACAUUUUGAUUUUUCAGAAUUGUUUUAUGAUGAUAUUAAGAAUUUACUUUUUUUACCUUUAAUUAGUUAUUUCUUUAAUGAUAUAUUUCAUUGAAAAAAAAACAAUUUUUUAUGACUACGUUUACAAAUAAAAAUAAAUGGAUCCAGAAAAUUUACCUCCAUUUGUGUUCUUACACAAAAAUCAUACUUAUCGUUUGAAAUUAGGAUUUUUUGCUGCACCUAGUAACCUUAAAAUAUUUUCCAAAGCUGUUAGGAAUGAGCUGAAUAAGUUAAAAUACAUGUAUUGUUCAGAUUUGGAAGGAUUGAUUAUGGAAUUUGGUCAAAUUAAAUCUAAAGAUGUAAUUCAAGCAGAUAACAGACAUAAUAUUAGUGUGUCAGUAAAAGUUGAUGUCUUCAUUUUUAGACCACCAAUAGGAUCAGUUAUUGAAGCUGUUGUCAACCAAGUCAGUGAAAAUCAUGUUAGUUGUUUGGUUCUUAAUUUGUUUAAUGUGUCAAUUGUACGACCAGAACAUCAAACUUUUGACUACUGGGAAGGAUCAAAUGUAAACAAAAAUGAAAAAAUACAUGUUGAAGUAUUGUCUUUCGAUCUCACAAAAAAAUUACCCCAUAUAACUGGAAAAAUAGUUUCUAAUUGUAAUAAUAAAUCGGUGGAGUCUGAAUAUUCUAGAAGUGUGCAAGAUAUUUCAGCUAAAGAAUCUUCUAGAGAAGGAUCUGUUAUUGAAAUAAUACGAGAAGCUAAAUGUAUAACUAGUGAUGAUACAUCAAACUCUUUCAAGUCGGCUAUUAAUAAUAAUUCGGAAAAUUCUGAUUUAUCAAUUUCUAUAUAUACAGAUAUAGAAGAUGCAUCAAAUAAUUCUGAAAAUCAAUCAAAUUUAAAAGAAGUAUUAGAUUUAUCAAAUAAUAGUAAAACAGCGACUCAUUCCCGUGACAUACUAAUGGAUGGUGAUAAAAAAUUUACAUUGAAACAUAAUGAUAAAAAAAAUAAGCAAGUUGGUAGUCCAAUGUUUAGUUCUACGCCACUUUCAAAUUCUGAGUAUAAUAUUAACACUUUAAAUUUAAAUAAAUUAAAACGUUUUGAACAAAUGCAGACACAUAUAAGAAAACACAUAAGUUCUAGUAAUUUAAAUUUAAAUAAAAGUGAUGUUACUGGAAGUACAUCACAUUUUAAUUUGAUGAUAGAUAAUAAUAGAAGUCCUCAAAAAGCUAAACAAAUUCUAAAUAAAUCUGAAGCUAUCACAAAUAUUAACCUAAAUGAAAUGAAAACAAGCAUAUUAAAGAGAGAUUUAAUAGAGCUUAAUAAUAGUAAAGAUUCUGAUGAAAUAUCUCUUUGCACUACUCAUAGUUUUUCUAACGCUUCUAAUAAAAAUAAUAGUUUAAAAUUGUCAGAAAUUAACAGUUGUGAAGAUAAAAGUAAAUUAAUGUUAAAGACUUCCUUGGGAUUCAAAAAAGAUUUGACUUAUGAAAAGGUAAAAAAUAUUUCACCUAAUGAAAGUUCUGAUAGUGACUCUAUUAUAUCUUUACAAAAUAAAUAUCUUACAUUAAAAAAUAAAAAUAACAUAACAAGUCCAAUUCAAAGUACAACAUUUUCUACCAAAUAUGGUGGUAAUAGUAACAUUGAUCUUGUAACAAAUUUUUUUUCACCUAAACUAUUGUCCUCUACUUCAGUUAAUCAAAUUAGUGUAAAUAAAAAUAGUUUAAAGACUAGUAAUUCACCUAAAAAAUUGAAUAGUUUUAAUAUUCAAAAUAAUAAUUUGUCCAAAAAUAUAAGAGAUACAAGUAUCAAAAAAUCUAAAAAUGAAUUAUUCUGUAGUAAAAAAGCUAAAAAUAAAAACGAAAAAAGUAUUUUAAAUAUAUCUCCUGAAGAAACAAGUUUUCUUAAUUUUGUAAGUCAAGAAAAUCAAAAACUAACUUACAAUAAAAUAUCUACUAUAGAAAAUUCAACUAGUGCAAGUUCGGAUGAUGAAAUGUAUAAUUCAAUUAAAAAAAGCAUUAUAAAUACAAAAAAGAUUAAUAAUUAUGACAUAAAAGUCUCAAGGAAAAGGAUAGAUUCAACAUCUUCAGAUAUUAGUGUUAGUGAAGAUGAAAAUAAUUUAUUAAAAUCUAUUUAUGAAAAAAGUUUUAAGACCAAUGAAAUUAAUUUAUCUUCUAAACUUAAUAUAUCCCAAGAAUCUUCAAAAACAUCUACAGCACCUAAUGAGUUGAAAACAUCUAAAGCAGAAAUUUGUUCAACUAUUUCUAAUCCUAAUGACAUUACUAAAAAUAAGAGUUCAAUGAUAUCUUCCAUACAAAAAAAGAAACAUAGAAAAAAAAUUACAGAUUUAAUCAAUGAAUUAAUUUGUGAAAAAAGCAAAUAUGAGAGCUCACAAAAAACUGAAAAUUUGAAUUUAGAAAUAGUAGCUAAUACUGUCUUAGCUAAAAAAAAUAUAAAUAAUAAGCAUGUUAAUGAAAAUAAUAUUGUUAAGAUAGAAAAAUUGAAAAAAAACAAUCCAAUUGAAGAUGAUAUUCUUGAUAUAAUCCAAAAUUUAAUUACUGAAAAAACUAAAGAUGACAAAUUACAUAAUGUUAAAUCUAAUGGGGAUCAUACCCACAAAAGUAAUACUUUGAAAACUGAUGUUAAGAAAGAAAAAACUAAAAACGUUAAAAUUAAAAAAAUAAAAAGGUACACUGUUCUUGAUAGUCUGGAUAAUAAUAAUAGUAGUAGUGAAAAUGUUGAUAGUACUUUGGAUCUAAUUCCUAAAAAGUAUAUAAAUAAUACACAGUUAUUAGAUAAGAAAAAUGUAAAAAAUGUUGUGUAUAUUGAAAAAAAUUAUAGUGAUAGUGAUAGUGAUGCACUUAUAAAAUCUUUUUUGAGUAAUAAUUCGACAACUAAAAAUACUACUAGUAAACCAUGUAAAAAAAGAAAAAGAGAAUCUAUAAAUAAAGAAAUUGAUACUCAUUUCCAAAAAAAAAAAAAAAAGUAUAGUGGUUCAUCACUUAUUUCUCAUGAUGAAACAAAGCCCAACAAGUUGGAAGAGUCAAUUAAAUAUCCAAAAAAACACCAUAAUGAAAAAAUUAUUAAUCUAGUUAAAAACUUGACCAAUGAAUAUAUCACACCAGAAAAAACAAAAAAUGAAGGAUUGUUUAUAAUUAAAAAUAAAAAAAAGAAAAAGAAAAAAAAUUACUCGGUUGGGGAUAGUAUAUGUGCCGAAAAAUGCAUUGAUAAUUCUAAUUUCCAACAAAACUUUUGUGAAAGAUUAAUUAAAGAAUCGAAUAUAAUUUUAAAAGAUGAAGAUUUUAGUAAUAAGAUUCAUAAAAAGAAAAAAAAGAAAAUCAAAGACUUUGACAUUGAAAAUCAGAAUUCUAAGGAAAAAAUAAACAAUAGUAAUUCAAUUUUUAUAGAAAAACAUAUUGAUGUAAAAGUUAAAAAAAAGAAGAAGAAAAACUUGACUCCCAUUAACAGUACUUAUGAAGACAAAAAUUUUGAUUUUGUUUUAAAUACUAAUAAUAAAAUAAAAAAUAUAACAUGUUCAUACCUUGAUGAUCAAAUUGUAGGUCUAGCUAAUGAAAAAAUUGAAGCUAAUUUAAAUAAACAAUAUAAUGACUCUGGAAAUAAUAAUGUAGAUUACAAAACUAAAAAGAAGAAAGAUAAAAAAAUUAAAAAAAUAAAUGAUGGAUCUUUUGAAGAAGAUAAUGUAAAUCAUUUAUUUUUAAAAAAAAAGAAGAAAAAGAAAAAAAGGGAAAUAAAUUUGAAUAAUGUAACUUCUGAAGAAAAAAAUCUUAAUAAUUUUUUAGUUACAAAAAAGAAGAAAAAAAAGAAAUAAUUCAGUCUUUCAAUACGCUGUUAAUAAAUUUUGAAUUUCUAUUUUAGAAAAAUAAAAUUAAAAUUGUAAUUAUUAUGUCUAAAAAAAAAAAUACUGUUUUAAAAUUAACAUCUUGAACUGCUCUAAUGGUUAUUUUUAACUUAUAACAAUUAAAUUAAAAUCUUUUUGUUAUAACAUUAAAACAAAUAUUAAUUUGUUAAUAUUUUUAUGUUUAAAAAUUGAAUUUUAUUUGAGAAAUUCGUUGUGAAGAACAUUGUAAAUAUAAUAGUUUUUAAAGAAUUUGUAAAAUUAGAUAUAAGAAAUAUAUUGUUAAUUAUAAUUUUAACCAUGCACAAAGUUUGAGAAGGGUUCGUGGGAAAAAGUCCU